AUGGCUAAGAAUACCGCGAAGAAGCGUGCCGCCGGUGGGGUUGCUAGGCGACUCACUGGUCCUCUGGGAUCGCCGGUUGCCUCUCCUCCUCCAGUAAGCCCUGAAGGGGAGGCUGGGGUGGUACAACCAGACGCCCACAGCUCGUGGUGCUUGAUUUGCCGUGAUGGCGCCGAGGGGGACGUUGUACUCUAUGAGUGCAGCGCCUGCCCUCGGGUAAUGUGCAGCAGGUGCCUGGACGUUCCGUCCGCCUCUUGCGACCUUGUUGCUCAACCGGACGUUCUUUUUUGGUGCCUUAGCUGUCAUGCUGGGCACACCCUUAAGGCACCCGCGCCUUACUAUGGUUUCUAUAGAGAAAACCUGCCGGCUCAAGGAGGUAAACCUGCCCUGCAGGGUUUCCUCCAACUGAACGGCAGGUUCGAGACUGGAUCCUGCGCGGUGUUGGCCGCUGCGCCCAUCGCUGUCAUCCACUUCAUUGUGGGUGGCAGUAAUGAGGUUGUGACGCCCGUGCCUCUGCUCUCGCACUAUCUGGAGCAUUACUUCCCCAACGGCGGGUACAUUUACAUUGAAGUCCCAUUCGACGUCACCACGCACAAGAGCAUCCGCGGAUACACGCGUGCCCAGGACGCACACAUCAUCCAGCUCAAAACUCACCUCACACACAGCGGCCGCGUCUUGGCCUUCUUCUCUGAUCACUCUGAGGAAGAUAGCGGGUGGCUUUUUGCUGGGAAAGAUAAAGGUAAAUUUGUGGCUAUGAGUGUCUCUCAGGUGCUAUCUACUGUCCUAGGGCCCUAUUAUGGGAUCCUCAGCGGUGCCACCAUGAUAUUCCUAGUGUGCGGCUCUGUUGUGGCCCACGACGACGCCUUUAGCGAGCUCCAGGAAGCUCUACUCAACUACGGUGUGGCGUCCGCUAUCAUUUUCACCGCCGAACGUUUUCAACCCCUGGUUGCCACCAACUUUUUGCUCGCUCUAGCGGAGCAAGUGGUAAUUGAGCAGCUCAAUGUCCGCAUCGCAUUCCCUAGUCUUCUCUCCCUCUCCAGUCGCCUUGGACAACAUACCAAUGUCAUUUUGAUGACCAGGGAUGACGCCGACGGUACGCCCAUGCUCCUUGUCACCAAGUUUGCGCGUGCCCACCCGCAGACUCAACCUUGGGGUAUCCCAGUCCCUUCGCAGUGCCCUCUCUGUGGGUCCACUAACAGUUGGUCCGAGAAGGUCGCGGUCAAGGUGUCCUAUGAGUCUCUGGACCCCGAUGUUCCAGGCGAGGAUCCUGUGUACAGGUACCUAUAUUCCUGCACUUAUCCUGAGUGCGGUAAGGCUCAGCGCAAGCCUUGCCACAAGUUUCACAUCGAAAAACCACCUGGUUCCAUUCUCAAAGCUGCUAAGACAAAGUCGUCUGGGUGGUUCCAGUCCCCUUCCACAACUUUUCCGGCACUACCUUUCAUUGAGUCGGGCACCCAAGGCAAGUGUCCUAGAAGUUCGGAUGGGGAAGUGUCUGCUAAGAGGAUGAGGGUCUGA